AUUGUUAUUUCUAGAAUCUGGCAACUUUCGGAAUGGAAUAGAAUUGAGCGAACGGUGGCGAGUGAAUGCAUCGAGUGUCAAAUUGAUCAAAGUUUUUCGCGUCCUUUUCCUCUUAGUAUUUUAAUCGAAAAUAUUUGUCACAAUAUAUCUCAAAAUGUCCACGAAAUCCUCAGUGGAUUUGCGAGCUGAAUUGGCGGAAUUAGUAAAACGCAAAGCUGAAAUCGCUGACACAUUAGCCAAUCUAGAACGUCAAAUAUACGCCUUUGAGGGAAGCUAUUUAGAGGACACGCAAUUAUAUGGAAACAUAAUAAGAGGUUGGGAUAGGUAUUUAGCAAGUAACAAAAACACCAAUAGUAAAGCUGAUAAGCGCAAUAGAAAAUUCAAAGAGGCUGAGAGACUAUUUUCUAAAUCAUCUAUCACAUCUGUGGCAGCAGUUAGCGGUCUCGUAGAGAAUACACAAGAAAAAAUUGAACGAUACAGCGAGUCAGAAUCUCAGAUCGGGAACAGCGGUAGCGAGGACAAUUGCAACUUCGGUAAUUCGAACACGCUGUCUUCUAGCAAUAACAAAGAGUCUAGCGGGAAAAAUCAUACCUCCAUUCAGACCGGCUACGUGCAAAAUAACGGGACUCUCAAUAGCACGGAUAACUCCUCGAUCCAGUUUACAAACGGAUCGAUGUCCAACGGUAACCUAGAACACGUGUCCACACCCGUGAAAGAAUGUCACAGUAAUAGCAAAGACUCGAACAAAAAUAAAUCCACGAAUAGCGCGAAAAAGAAUAGCAAUAAACGAUCAAGAAAUAGGUAGAAAUUGCUUUAGCGUUUGACACCGAAACGUGUAUUUCUUUUCAAUUGUACAUGCGUUAAUUGUUCAUUCGUUGACGUUCAGUGGAACGGACGUUGCGUUCGCCCCCGAAUAUGAUUCUUCGCCACGUGUAAUAUUUUCGUACUUUCAUUAUAUUUAUGUGUUAUAUACAUAAAAAUCGAAGCAUUAAUAUAAAGCACAGAUACUCUGAUAUUGUAUAUAAUCAACAUAUUUCCAUUUUAACAUUAAAUUAUAUAUCAAAAGAGUAUGAUUAUAAAUUAAUACAUUUAACUUUGUGCGCAAAAUAAAUUAAUUUCUUUUUGUCGCAUAUACCUGUGUAUUAAUAAGCACGUAGUGAAAUUAGUACAUUCCACAAGAAUGUUACAUAUUUAUAAAGUUUCUUACAGUAUUGAUUGUUGAGCAGCUAUUUUUAAAUUUCUCGAAUAAAAGUACUAAAACGUAGGGCAUAUGUUAGCAGCAUACGCGCAAUUUAAUGAAAAUAUAUUCUUUUAAUAAAAGUGAAUUAUUUAUA